AUGUCUUCUAUUCGAACUACAACUGAUGAACAAGAACCUACAGUAACAUGUAGUGAAUUACUAGAACAAAUUCAAGAUGAAGAAGAAGAACUAGAUCGCGAACGAGCACUCUAUGGGAAUUGUGAUGUUGAUACAUGUACAUAUUCACAAGGAUAUGUUCGACGACAGGCUUUGUUUGCUUGCAUGACAUGUAAUAGUAAUGGACAAGUGACUGGUAUUUGUGCAGCAUGUGCAUAUCACUGUCAUGCGAAUCAUGAAGUGAAUGAAUUGUAUACGAAACGAUGUUUUCGAUGCGAUUGUGGAAAUUCUAAAUUAAUUCAUCAACCGUGUAAAUUAUAUCCAAAUAAAGAUCCAGAAAAUAGUUUAAAUAAAUAUAAUGAUAAUUUUCGUGGACUUUAUUGUUCGUGUAAACGUCCAUAUCCAGAUAAAGAAGCUGCGACAAAUGACGAUGAAAUGAGACAAUGUAUCAUUUGUGAAGAUUGGUUCCAUGGCCAACAUUUAGGUGUUCCAUUACCUAUGGAAGAUAAUCAAAUGGAUAUUAUAUGUCAAGCCUGUGUAUCUAAAUAUUCUUUCUUAGCCAAUUAUGAUGAUUCUCAUAGUGCAAUUCAAACAGCAUUAAUAGACAAUAGUGUAGCAGUUGCUAGUAAUAACCAACCGUGUCUUCUUUCCAAUAAUACUGAUAACAAUAGCGAAGUUCAUACCAUAUUUUUACGUGAUGGUUGGAGAAAACGAUUAUGUCGAUGUGCUCAAUGUUGUAAAUUAUAUGAUGAAUUCAAUUUAACACCCAUAUUUGACGAUGAAGAUGCUAUAGAAGAAUAUCAAAAACAAGCCCUAGCUAAAAGUGAAAAUCUUGAUGCUGAUAAAAUCAUUGCUGAUUCAUUAGAAAAUCUUGGUUAUGUACGAAAACUUGAAGUUUUAAGUGGUAUACAUGAAUUUAAAAAGUCACUUGGAGAUUUUCUUCGUGAAAAAGCUAAUAGUGAUGGUCUAUUAACUGCUGAAGAUGUGGCAAAAUUUUUUGAAAAUUUAAACGAAAAGCGUAAAGAACAACAAAAAACCAUGUUUAUGCCUCCAGAUACUUGUAAAUUCUAG